GAGCGGCCCUCCUUCGCCUGGGGCGACGUGCAGCCCUUCGUCGAACGGCACUUCUUUGGCGCUGUGGAGCUGGUGAAGUCGCUGCCGUCGGAGCGGGAUUUGAACUUCCUGGUGAAAUUGGACGAGGAGCUGGCGGUCUUUAAGGUCCACAAUCCCACGGAUCUGCAGGACUUCGUGGAAUGUCAGUGCCUGGCCCUGGAGCACGUCGCCCAGCAUGGUGCCUGCUGUCAGCGUUUGCUCCGCUCCAAGAGCAAGGAGUUUCUCAUAGCCUUGGAACUCGAAGGCCACCGGCGAUGCAUGUGCAGAGCCCUGAGUUUUUUGCCCGGGCGUAUGUUGGCAGAGGUCGCGCAGGAGAUGGCGGAGAGUGGGGAGAGAUUGGCACAGUUGUUUGAUGCGGUUGGGACGGCUGUGGGGCAGGUGACGGCAGCGUUGCUGACUUUUGAGCAUGCAGCUGCAGAGCGCGAGUUUGUUUGGGACCUCCAGCGAUGCUCGCAAGUGGUUGAUGCUCACAUCAGUGAUGUUGAGGAGGACAAUCGUGCUUUGUUGCAGCGUGUGCUUCAGUGCCAGAUGGUCGAGUUAAGGAAUUUGCUCCCGCGACUUCGGCGCUCGAUUGUUCACAACGACCCGAAUGACUACAAUCUGGUGGUGAAUGGUGGGCAGGUGGGAGUUCUGGACUUUGGAGACAUGGUGCACAGCUACACUUGUGCAGAUGCUGCGAUUGGCAUGGCGUACCUUCUGUUCCACGUCCCUAGCAGUAUGCCUUUGGUGGAGGGGGUCUUGCCUUUUGUUCAGGGCUUUCAUCGAGCCUGCCCUCUGGAAGAGGUGGAAGUCGAAGCACUUUUUGGUUUGGCGGUAUGCCGUGUUUGCACCUCUCUAUGCAUGUCGGCACAUCAGAGCAAACUGGAGCCCGACAACGAGUACUUGCUGAUCAGUGCCAAGCCUGCGUGGAGGCUCUUGACACGAGUCGAUUCAGAGAAG